AUGCUUCAUUUCCGCACCGAGGGCUACAACGGCUGUGCGGUCAAGUACUCCCCAUUCUUUGACAACCGGUUGGCCGUCGCCGCGUCGGCCAAUUUUGGGCUGGUAGGAAAUGGCCGGUUGUUCAUUCUGGAGCUGACGCCGAAUGGCAUCGUACCUUCCAAAUUGUUUACUACACAGGAUUCUCUUUACGAUCUCGCCUGGUCCGAAAUCCACGAGAAUCAAGUCCUCACAGCCUCCGGCGAUGGCAGCAUUAAGCUCUUCGACUGCAAUUUGGAAGACUUCCCCAUCCAGAACUGGAAAGAACAUAAUCGCGAGGUCUUCAGUGUCCACUGGAAUCUCGUAGCCAAAGAUACAUUCUGCUCGAGCAGUUGGGACGGCACCGUCCGCGUCUGGUCGCCGCAUCGGCCGCAUUCUCUUUUUACCCUCCCUACACAUAGCUGCACCUACUCGGCGGCGUUUUCGCCUCAUUCUCCCGAUAUACUCUCCUGCGUCACGUCCGACUCAUACGUCCGCAUCUUCGAUCUUCGCACGCCCGCCUCCGCAUCUAACCACCUCACCCUCCAGAUUCCCAUCCAUGCUGCACCGGCAUCGCCCAUUCCCGGUAAAGCCGGCGUUCCUCCUGCCGCAUGCGCUCCGGCCGAAGCCCUCACCCAUGAUUGGAACAAAUACCGACCGUCCAUCUUAGCGACCGCAGGCGUCGACCGCACCAUCCGGACCUUCGACAUCCGCGCCCCACAGCAGGGGCCUCAGGUGGUGAUGACGGGACAUGAAUACGCGGUCAAGAAAGUGGCCUGGUCGCCACACCUUUCUAAUAUACUACUUAGCGGUAGCUACGAUAUGACCUGUCGCGCAUGGAGCGAUCAGUCAACUGCGGGACCUAUGGGGGAUAUCGAUCCCAUGCGUGGCGGUCCCGGCGGCCCGGUAAUGGGCAUGGAGCUUGGGCGUAUGAAUCGGCAUACCGAGUUUGUCACAGGCGUUGACUGGUGUCUUUUUGGCAGUGAAGGAUGGUGUGCGAGCGUAGGGUGGGAUGAGAACCUGUAUGUUUGGGAUGUGCGAGCAGUGAUGGGAUAA